AUGUCUUCUCAAAAGCUUCAGAACGUUGCCAUAGUUGGCGCUGGUGGGCAAGUCGGAAAGCCCACCCUCCAAGCUCUUCUAGACACCAAGCGGUUCAACAUCACCGUGGUGACCCGUGAAUCGUCCUCCACUAAGUUCCCCUCAGACUCAUCAAUUACCGUCAAGAGUGCCAACUACGACUCGCAUGACUCUAUUGUCUCUGCCCUCAAAGACAAUGAAGCUUUAAUCCUAAUGCUUAAUUUUGAAGCAAUGGGUCAGGUCCAGUUGCAGAUCAUCGACGCGGCAGCCGAUGCCGGUGUUAAAUGGAUUCUUCCCACAGAGUUUGGCGCCGACAGUGCCAAUCAGGGACUUGUUGAUAUGGUGCCCAUUAAUGCUAUGAGGACCGAACCGAGAAAACGUAUCGAGGAGGCGGCCAAGACCCAUCCGGGACUUAGCUGGAUCGGUGUUGUAAAUAAUCCAUGGUUUGAAUAUAGUCUCAAAGGAGGCUUCUUUGGCAUCGACUUCAAGAACAAAGCCGCUACGUUCUACGAUGAAGGGACCACUCGCUUCAACACUACUCUCAUCGGCACCGUCGGCCUCGCCGUCGCCCGCCUGCUGAGUCUCCCCAUCGAAGCAACUUCCGGCCCCAGCCUCUCCAAAUAUGCUAACAAGUUCAUCUACAUCUCCUCCUUCCACACCACGCAACGCGAAAUCCUCGAGGCCGUUCAAAAAGCCACCAAUACCACGGAUUCUGAUUGGACUGUCAAGAAAGCUAGUGCACAGGCAUGGAUUGAUGAGGGUAACGAGAAGGUGGCGAAAGGGGAUUUUAGUGGUAUGAUUAAUCUGCUGUACGGGGCUGUUAUGAAAGAGGGACUCGGCGGCGAUUUUGAGGCCACGAGGGGAACAAGUAACGAGGUGCUUGGUUUGCCGAAGGAGGAUAUGGUAGAGGUUAUCAAGAAGAUUGUGGAGGCUUGA